GACUCCGAUACAGAUACGUCGAGUAGCGAAAUGCAGGUGGAUGUUGCGCCGGCAACGCGGAUUGAAGUCGCGAUUCCAGAACUCUCUGCCGAGAGACGAAUUGAGUACUCGGCAGUACAUAGCAUGGUCGUCGAACGGCUUGCGGCCUGUCGCGAAUAUCGCAACGACUACAUCGAGUACGAUUUAGAGUUUACAGACGGCAGAAUCCAGACGGUACGCCUUCUUCAGCAAAUCAACGGCGAACAGGUCUUACGGCGUUGGCACGAGGGUUCUGACAUGAGCCCCGCUGAUAACAAGCGAAAAUACGUCCCUGAUGAGGAGGAAUGGGAUUCCGAACUGAAUGAUGCCGCCUCUGACGCCAAAGCAUCAGAAGUAGAAAACGACGAUGAAAUUUCCGAUGAUGAGCCCACGUUACAUCGCAGUCGCACGCUGCGCUCGCGGCAAGAGAGCAAUCGGCCAAGCUAUGCUGGCGGCUCAUUUGAAUCCGAGGGCGAGGAUGAGGACGGGUCAAUCGAAGCUAACCAGCCAUCGCGCCGCCUCCGACAGCGGAAAUCAACACAGCUGAAACUGACCAACAUGUCUUUGAAUUCAAGCAUCCUGGAUCAGGACCAAGACGAACUGGCACUUGAAUCUCGCCAAACAUCAGAGGAAACUGACAACUUCAUGCCUAUUGUAUCUGACCUCGCAACAAAAAAGGGCCGUCCCAACAAUCGAUCUGCAAAGCGUUCUCGCCGGAUCAAGAAGCAAAAUGAAAGAAGCGCCAUAUUGUCUCGCAAAGUAUUGGAUGAUUCUGAUAUUGAAUUUGAGCAGCCUCGGCGGUCUGCGAGAGCCACAAGGAACCAGACGAGCAUGGAUGACGACGCUUUCAUGGACGACGACUCGUUUUAUGUGAUUGAUGACAAAGCAGCCGCUGCACCAAAGAUUAUCUCCGUCAGAGAGGUUUUCCAGCCAAUAUCUCCAGACUCUGAUUUCGGUUCUGCACAUAUGCAGCAAUGCCAUACCUGCGGAGGCUCGAAGCAGCGGGGCCAGCUGCUGCAUUGCCAAGGAUGCUCUUUAACGUACCACAAGAAUUGCAUUGGAUACCGGAGCAACCGUGAGCAUAUGGCUACCAAAAUCGGAGACGAUGACUUUGUGCUACAAUGCAGAUUCUGUCUUAACACUCAUUUGAAGAAGGAUCGCAGUGCGCCCAGGCACAGCGCGUGCCAGAGCUGCAAAAAGGAUGGUCGAGCCUGCGCGCCAUUCUCACAGAAAAAGACCGCUCGGCAAGAAGAAAAACUUCGUGAAGAGAAUGGCGGUAUCGACCCAGUUACCCCCGUCUCUCCUGAACUUAUCAAUAACUCUGAUAAUGUUCUUUUUCGGUGCACUACUUGUCAUCGAGGCUGGCAUCAAGAGCAUCUGCAAUCCUCUGGAGACGACUCUGUUGGAACCGAUAUUAAACCCGAGCGCCUAAAGGAUUACUCCCCUGAUUGGCAGUGCAAUGAUUGCAGCUCUGUUGAGAGCAAAAUACAUCGCCUGGUGGCAUGGCGACCUUACACUCAGCAAACGCCCCUCCCUGCAUACGAAGAUGUCAGUGAAGAUCAGAGAGAAUAUCUUGUCAAGUGGCACGAGGCUUCAUUUGCGCAUUGCUCAUGGGUCUCUGGAUCAUGGUUAUUUGGUGUUGCCGCCGGCACUAUGCGGACCUCGUUUGCAAAACGCGCAGCUGAGCAGAAUCUUCUUAAAUUUAGCAGUGAUGAAGCUAUUCCAGACGAAUUCAUCACUCCCGAUCUCAUUUUCGACGUCAAAUUAGCCAGCUCGGGUUCUCGAAACAGAUCAAAAGAAGAGGAUCUUGCCAAUAUCUCUCAAGUCAAGAGUAUACUAGUCAAGUUCCACGGCCUUGGCUAUGAUGAUGUUGUAUGGGAUUCUCCGCCUAGUCAAGAUAAACCUCGGCUUUACAGCGCCUUUGUAGAAGCAUAUCGCGGAUACAUAGAGGGCAAACACUUUCGUAACGAGCCUUCUUCAAAGAUCAGAGAACGUAUCAGAGAGUAUAAGAAUAGCCCAUUCAAAGAAGUGGACACGCAGCCUGUUGGCCUUAAACGAGGAAAGCUCAUGGGCUACCAGAUUGAAGGCCUCAACUGGCUGCUGCAGAACUUUCACCAAAGCCGAAGCAUUGUCCUUGCAGAUGAAAUGGGACUGGGUAAGACAGUCCAGGUUGUUGGUCUUGUAACUUACUUAAUUCAAGAUACACCAAGGUGCUGGCCCUUUCUCAUCGUGGUUCCGAAUGCCACCUGCUCCAACUGGCGUCGAGAGUUCAAGCAAUGGGCCCCAGGUGUCAGAGUCGUCGCUUAUUACGGAGGCAGGGAACCUCAAGAUAUUGCCUACAAAUAUGAGCUGUUUCCAAAUGGCAAUACCGAAAUGAAGGCUCAAGUUGUCAUCAUGUCUUAUGACUCCGCGCAGGAUCCACGAACGGUAUCACUUUUCAAGUCCGCCAAUUGGGCGAGUCUGGUUGUGGAUGAAGGCCAGCGGCUGAAAAAUGAUCAAAAUCUUCUUUACACUGCCUUGAAGUCCAUGAAAAUACCUUUCCGGCUGCUUCUUACCGGUACACCGCUGCAGAAUAACAAAAGAGAGCUGUUUAACCUUUUACAGUUCAUCGACGAAAAACAAAAUGCAGAAAAACUGGACGAAGAAUAUGCAAUCCUAGACAAAGAUACUCUUCCCAAGCUGCACGAAAAGAUCCGGCCGUAUUUCUUGCGCAGAACAAAGCUUGGCGUCCUCAAGUUUCUUCCCCCUAUGGCACAGAUUAUCCUACCUGUUACUAUGACGGUUAUCCAAGAAAAGCUCUCAAAGAGUAUCAUGGCAAAGAAUCCCCAGCUCAUUCGAGCUGUGUUUGCAAACAGUAAAAUGAACGCAAAAGAUCGUGGCAGCUUGAACAAUAUCUUGAUGCAGCUGCGCAAAUGCUUAUGCCAUCCGUUCAUGUAUUCCGAAGCUAUUGAGGAGCGUCACCACGACCCAAUGGUACUUCAUCGCAAUUUGGUAGAGGCAUCAGCCAAGCUUCUGCUGUUGGAAAUCAUGUUGCCCAAAUUAAAGGAACGGGGUCACCGUGUCCUGAUAUUUAGCCAAUUCCUGCAACAACUUGACAUAAUCGAAGAUUUUCUUAAUGGGGUUGGUUAUGGAUAUCGUCGCCUGGAUGGAUCAAUUUCCAGCUUGGAGAAGCAGCGACGUAUUGACGCCUUUAACGAGCCAGGCUCUGAACUGUUUGCCUUUUUGUUAUCGACCAGAGCUGGUGGUGUUGGAAUCAAUCUCGCAACGGCAGAUACUGUCAUUAUAAUGGACCCUGAUUUCAAUCCCCAUCAGGAUAUCCAAGCUCUAUCUCGUGCUCAUCGUAUUGGCCAGAAGAACAAGGUCUUGUGUUUUCAGCUCAUGACUAAAGAUUCGGUCGAAGAGCGAAUCAUGGAAAUUGGGCGCAAGAAAAUGGCACUGGAUCAUGCGCUCAUUGAGAGUAUGGACGACGAGGAACUGGAGGGUGCUGACUUGGAAUCGAUAUUGAAACAUGGUGCUCAAGCGUUAUUUGACGAAGGAUAUGAAAAGACUGCUAUCCAAUACGAUUCAGCAUCUGUUGAUAAGCUCUUGGAUCGUUCUCAAAUGGAGAAGACCGCGGCAAACGAUGACAACUCUGCCGAAAGCCAGUUUAACUUUGCUCGUGUAUGGGCCAACGACAAGGGUGGCUUUGAGGAGAGAACAGAUACUGGCGAAGAACUAGCACCAGAACCUAUCAGUUCUAGCGUCUGGGACCGAAUUCUUGCUGAAAGAGAGGAGGAAGCCAGGCGGGAGGCAGAGGCCAAUAAAGAAGUCCUAGGGCGUGGCGCGAGACGUCGAAUGGCCGUGAAUUACGGAGCCAAAGGCACCGAGCAAUUUGUGGCUGGCGAUGUGGGUGCUGAUUCUUCGGACUCAUCUGACGACUUUGAUGUUGCAAAUGCUCCCGAAGAGUCUGAUGACGAUGUAGAUUUAG